ACCAUUGAGACAGAGAGAGAGAGAGAAUCAUGAAGUCAAUUCUAAACCCAAAGUUCUCAGCUUUAUCACCGCAUCUUCCCAAAACCUCUCCUUUCUCUCUCUUCUCACGCCCCCAUGACACCAUCUUCCGCAAUAACUCUCAACAGCUUCCAUUCCCAAGCCUCAAGGCAACGCCUUUCUCAUCUAAUUCCUUCCUUUCCAGAGCUCAAAAUCGCACCUUGCAAACGGAACCCACUCGCCCCCCGUCCGGUGAAAUCCACGUCAUAGUGGGCCCCAUGUUCGCCGGCAAAACCACCACUCUCCUCCGUCGGAUUCAGUCAGAAUCUGCCAACAGCAGGAAACAGUAUGAGAGAGGCAGAAGAAUACAUGCACAAAUGAUCGUUGUUGGAUUUGUUCCCAACGAAUAUUUGAAGACCAAAUUGCUGAUAUUGUAUGCAAAAUCAGGAUAUCUAGAAACUGCAAGCUUCUUGUUUGAUAAUUUGGCUGACAAAGGAUUAAUUCCAUGGAAUGCAAUGGUUGCUGGAUAUGUUCAGAAAGGCCUUGAAGAAGUUGGAUUGGAGUUUUUCUGUGGAAUGAGACAGGCUGGUUUGAGACCAGAUCAGUAUACCUUUGCAUCGGUGUUCAGAGCCUGUGCAACUCUGGCAGCAUUGGAACCUGGGAAGCAAGCUCAUGCUGUCAUGAUCAAGUCUCAAAUUACAGAAAAUGUAGUGAUCAACAGUGCAUUGAUAGACAUGUAUUUUAAAUGCAGUUGUAUCUGUGACGGGCGGUUGCUAUUCGAGAAAUGUUUGAGUAGAAAUACAAUUACUUGGAGUACUCUGAUAUCUGGAUAUGGUCAGCAUGGAAGGGUAAUGGAAGUUUUAGAUUCUUUUCAGAGAAUGCUAUCUGAAGGCUUCAGACCCAAUUAUGUUACAUUUCUUGCAGUUUUGGUUGCUUGUAGCCAUGGUGGUUUAAUUGAUGAAGUUACACAUGAUGGUGCAAAAUUACCAUGUUGGGCCCUGACUAACUUAUCAUCUUUCAAACAGAAGUUUGGAAUUGAGGCUUACGAGAAGUUGGAUGUGAUCGGUAUUGAUGAAGCUCAAUUCUUUGAAGACCUGUAUGACUUCUGCCGUGAAGCCGCUGAUCAUGAUGGCAAAACAGUGAUAGUUGCAGGACUUGAUGGUAACUAUUUGAGGAGGAGCUUUGGUUCUGUCCUUGAUAUAAUACCCCUUGCUGAUACUGUAACUAAACUAACUGCUCUAUGUGAAAUCUGUGGAAAGCGUGCAUUCUUUACCCUGAGGAAAACACAGGAGAAACAGGUCGAGUUGAUUGGUGGAGGGGAUGUCUACAUGCCGGUUUGCCGGCAUCACUAUGUCAAUGGACAGGUAGCUGUAGAAGCAGCAAGAUUUGUUCUGGAUUCUCACAAGGUUGAAUGUCCCUCCCAUAUACAUAAGUAGGUCCAAAUUCCUUGGCAGCUGAAUGUCCAUUUUCUGCCACUAGUACAUGGGAUCUUUUCCUCAACCAGCAUGUAGUGUAUAGCCUUCAUUUUGAUGGACCUGAAUUUAAAGAACUUCAGAGAAGAGAAGGAAGGAGUAGGGUAGGGGUUUGAACAUUCUGACUGUUCUUUAAGAUGAAACUAUUUCUGUAUUAGAUUGUGAUGAUGAUUAUAUGAUUGUUGAUUAGUUGGUCUGAAUUUAAUCAUCAACAAAGUGAUAAUGUAUUAUAGAAGAUGAAAAUUCUCAAUGGUUUAAUGAUGCUAAUCCAUGAUUAUGUUAUAAGA